ACAGUGAUAUAAACAGACAAGAAAAGCACUGCAAAUGACUUGACUUUGCCCCAAAUCAAACACUGAACGAGUGGCAGGAGCAUGAACCUACAGGGCUCUGUCUCCCAGAUUAUCGGACGCUAAAAACAGCUUACAAUCUCUUAUUUAUAUAUUUUUAAAAUAGCACAGAAGGUGCUCCGAGUGCCUCUGGGGUUAAAGGAGAACAGGCAGACUGCUAAGCACGUCCCUGGUUCAAUACCACUAAACAUCUGUCUGACCGACACAAGUCAAGGUCUCUCUCUCACACAGCUAUAAGCGUAGCUCUGAUAGGCUCACGUCCGAUUUCCCAAAGUCCAACGCACACCGUCACUGCUUAUAAAAGCAGUGCUGCAAAGUUUGCACAUUCAAACAGCUUUUCUCCUUGCGCCUGCGGCAGAAGAGGCGAGGAUGCAGGCAGCUCUAUGCGUGCUGUGGAUGGCUCUGUGCGCGUGCGGGGUCUCCUCAUCGCCGCUGAGGUCCGUCCAGGCUGGGGAAAACGUGAACAUGGCCUCCGCGGAUGACGUGAACAUCCUGAUGUACGGCGUGCUGCAGUUCACCGAAUCCCUGCACCACAUGUACCAGAGCACGGAGGCCAGGCUGGCCCGACUCAUGAAAGCCGUCAGCCGGACUGAGAGUGAGGUCAAAAGAUUGGGCCACGACACGGAGGAGGCUGCUCAAAACGAGCGACAGAUUAAAGAGAAACUCCAGCUCCUUCAGGCUCAGAUGAAAGCGCUGGAGAUUCAGGUCCAUGAGAACAGAGAUACAGUCACCAGGGUGGAGCUGGAAGAGGCGCAGCUAAAGAAAAAACUAUCCAGCCUGGAGGAAAACCUAAACAGCUCUGUCCCAGACAAGAUCAAGGGCGCACCGCUUAAAAACAACUCUAACCUGAAGGACCUGAUGAAGUGGACACAAGAACAGAAACUGAAAUUGGAGAAUCAAAACCGACAGCUGGCUGAUUUACAGAAACGGAAUAUGGUGUAACCACUAAAAAUCACAUUUGAGGAGGAAGCGCAAUCAUCUGUCAUCAUCAACACUCCAUUCACGGCUCUGCAAAUGGAUCUCAUGUACUACAUGUGAUAAGACAAACAUGUCCACUUUUCUAGUCAUUUAAUACACACAUCGGGCCUCAUUCUUGAAGCCUUAACGAGUGUGAAUUUUUGUAAAACAUCUGAAACUGUGAAAUGCUGCAUGAAAUUCCCGUGUAACAACUAUUUAGCUGCUUUUUUGUAGUAAAUAACGUUUAGAACAGCACAAAACACAAUCAUAAUAAUAUACAUGUAACUUAUAACUUAGUACUUUGUAACUUAUAACUGAAAUAAAAUAAAAGGUAUGUGUCUUCUCUUUCUGUUUGAAACAAUAAUAAUAUGGCACAAAUUAAAAUUAUUUACUUUCUACAUAAAUGUUUCUAGUCUUUCAAUGUAUGAUUAAUCAGUAUGCACAUAGUUUCAAAUAAAUACCCACAUAGUUUAUACUUUCGUAACUUCAUAACAACUUCUCCACAGAUGAAACAGACAAAUGCAAAUGUCUUUUUUAAACCUAUUGGCCCCAAACUUUAAAC